AGAGAGUUUGCCCCAGGCUUUUACAUGAAGUUCUCUCCAUCAAAUCCCAUCUCUCCCCCACCCCCCUGUCCAGCUCAGCCCCUCUUCUCUCCUCUCGCCUCCUCGAGUGAGUGAGAGCGCAGUAAAGAAAAGGACAACCGCAGGAAAGGAUGCGUCGCCUUGCUGCUGAUAUUCCUGCGUGUGUGACUGGAAACAAGCAAACAUUUUCCGGAAUACAGCAAGCCUUUCCGCAUGCAAAGGAUUUCCGAUGUCAUUUUGGGAUUGCUCGUGCAAAUGACCCAUCCGUCUGAAUCUUCACCAUUCAUCGCUAAAUGCAUCGGUUUUGUGCGAGAAUAAACGUCUGAAGUUUGUACGCUUGGAGGAUUUACGCAUCAUUGUCACUGGCACGGAGCUGCGGAGAAGUCUGGCUCCGUCACACACGCACACACACACACACAAGUUUGCAUCAGAUGCCAGUGUUUUACCGUCUAUGAAAGUGUAAGCUUAGAAUAAACGCCUUAGUCAUGUGCACGCAUGCUCUGAAAAGUUGUCGCUUAGAGCGUUUUAAACGUUGAUAGCUCGAUUGCAACGCUAAACGACGCCUAUAAUUAUAGCUGAAGUAAAACAUGAGAGAGUUUCGCCGCAGAUCUGGUGUUGGUAACCGUAGUAAAGGCAGAAGGGAAACGGCUCGUCGGUUCAGGGUCGUGCUUGAAGGCGCCGGUGAGCGUCCCCGGGACCCGGAGCUCUCUAUCUGGCAGGAACAGCCGCUGUCAGGGCUGGAGAGAGUGACUGAGACGAGGUGGAGGAAUGAGACACAACAAUUCUAACAGUUAUAGAGUUCAAAUUCUUGAUUGUAAAUAUUGACAUUUUUAAUAAUAACAAUUCUUAGGUAAAUGGAUAUCAAAAUAUAGUAUAAGUGAAAUACGUGUGUUAAACUAUCAUAUUUAGCGUACAUUUGAUUGCAAUAAUUCAAGUUAAUGGCUGUUUUUAGUUUAAAGAGAAGUAUUAUGGCAGCGUUGAACUUCACAAGUGAACAUGACAUGCGGAGAUGUUCGUUAAUGCAUGUAGGAUUACUUGGGGAAAGCAAGAAUGGAAGUUUUUCUAGAUCUAUUUAAUGGUCAAAAAGUCGCCGAAGCCAGAUUUGAGAGAAGAGCGCAUAUAGACGCAUGAUUACCGCCAAACAUGGUGUGGGAAUCCACCCUUCUGUUGACCUUUAGAGGAACACUUGACCUGCUAAGGGAAAGCAAUCGUUCUCAAGUGAAGCAGAAACGAGUGACUUAAAAGAAAUCAAGACUGGAAUAUGAUUGGAGAAGGACAGUUUGGACAAUUUGUCUUUCUUGGUGGCUUGAGAUUACUUCUGGAUCCUGGACGGGAAUAAUUAAGGAGGAUUAAGGGAUUGUACCGCCCCCCUUACAGUUGCAUUUCUGCUAAAACGCUCGGCUCCGGCGGAAGAGCAUCGCCACCGGGAAGCAGCCAAGCAUGGAGAUCCCACCCACUGCCCCCCCACAACCCUUCCGACAAUCCAGUUUCCUCAGUAGAAGACUGAAGGGGUCCAUUAAACGGGCCAAGAGUCAGCCCAAACUGGACCGAACCAGCAGCUUCCGCCACAUGAUCCUCCCUCGUUUCCGCAGCGCCGACCAGGACCGGACUCGUCUGAUGCAGAGCUUCAAAGAAUCGCACUCCCAUGAGUCUUUGCUGUCUCCCAGCAGCGCAGCCGAGGCCUUGGAUUUGACACUUGAUGAAGAUGCGAUCAUCAAGCCUGUUCACUCCAGUAUACUGGGACAGGAGUACUGUUUUGAGGUGACAACUGCUUCAGGAACAAAGUGUUUUGCCUGUCGGUCGGCUGCGGAGAGAGACAAAUGGAUAGAGAAUCUACAGAGAGCUGUCAAACCAAACAAAGACAACAGUCGACGUGUCGAUAAUGUUCUGAAGCUGUGGAUCAUCGAGGCCCGUGAACUCCCACCCAAAAAGCGCUAUUAUUGUGAACUGUGCUUGGAUGACAUGCUUUACGCCCGCACCACCAGCAAACCCCGAACCGAUACUGUGUUCUGGGGUGAGCACUUUGAGUUCAACAACCUGCCAGCUGUCCGCAGCCUCCGCCUUCAUCUUUACAAAGAGACAGAUAAAAAAAGACGCAAGGAGAAGAGCACAUACCUGGGCUUGGUCAGCAUCCCAAUUUCCAGCAUCACUGGUCGUCAGUUUGUGGAGCAAUGGUACCCCGUCAUUCAGCCCAGCGUCCUGGCCAAGGGUGGCGGCGUGGGAGGGGGCAAAAUCAUCAACGCCUCCCUGCGGCUCAAGUCACGCUUUCAGACCAUGAGCAUCCUGCCAAUGGAGCUGUAUAAAGAGUUUGCAGAGUAUGUCACCAACAACUACAGAACGCUGUGCGCGGUUCUGGAGCCACUGCUGAGCGUCAAGAGCAAAGAGGAAGUGGCCUGUGCUCUGGUGCACAUCCUGCAGAGCACAGGGAAGGCCAAGGAUUUUCUUUCAGACAUGGCAAUGUGUGAGGUGGACCGAUUUAUCGACCGAGAGCACCUUAUAUUCAGAGAAAACACCCUGGCCACCAAAGCCAUAGAAGAGUACCUCAAACUCAUUGGACAUAAGUACCUCAAAGACGUUUUAGGUGAUUUUAUCCGAGCGCUGUAUGAGUCAGAAGAGAACUGUGAAGUCGACCCAAUGAGAACUCCACCUUCUGUGCUGCCCGAACAUCAAGCCAACCUCCGGAUGUGCUGUGAGCUUGCACUCUGUAAAAUCGUCAACUCUCAUUGUGCGUUUCCAAGGGAACUGAAGGAGGUCUUUGCGUCCUGGCGCGUGCGAUGCGCUGAGAGAGGAAGAGAGGACAUUGCAGAUCGACUUAUCAGUGGUUCCCUCUUCCUGCGCUUCCUGUGUCCAGCCGUCAUGUCGCCAUCCUUAUUCAAUCUCACACAGGAAUACCCCGAUGAACAGACCUCACGCACACUCACCCUCAUAGCCAAAGUUGUGCAGAACCUUGCAAACUUCUCAAAGUUUGGCAGUAAGGAGGAGUACAUGUGCUAUAUGAAUGAGUUUUUAGAGAUGGAGUGGGGCUCCAUGCAGCAAUUCCUCUACGAGAUCUCCAAUCUCGAUACCGUGAGCAACGCCGUUGCUUUUGAGGGCUACAUCGACUUGGGAAGGGAGCUUUCGAUCCUGCACAGUCUUCUGUGGGAAGUCAUGGCACAACUAAGCAAGGAUGCCAUCAUCAAACUCGGACCAUUGCCCCGCCUUCUUAAUGACAUCAGCAUGGCCCUCCGUAACCCGCACCUCCAGAGACAGCCCAGUAACCAGACAGACAGACAGCCUCCAGAGAGACAGACAGAUAGGCUGCUCUCCCGGCCCAGCUUCAACAGGGCCAUCUCGUCCGAGUUCCAGAACCUCAUGAUGAGAGACCUCAACAGUUCAAUCGACAUCACUCGCCUGCCCUCUCCAACCUCUGCCAUGUCCAGUGGCGGAGCCCCCCCGUCCCGAGCUGGAAUGGGGGGUUUUGUGGAUCGCGAUCAUCCUCACCGAGCCUCAUCUAAAGAAGUUUUCUAUGUUGCCCGUCCCCCGUUGGCCCGCUCUAGUCCAGCGUACUGUACUAGCAGUUCUGAUAUCACGGAUCCAGACCCAAAGGACUCAAGAAUGAACAGCGUCUCUAACCUGCAGUCUAUGGGGGACAUGCUCAACUCUUCCCAGGCCUCGAUUGCCGGCCUCGGCAGCUACGGUGGGCUCGCGGCCUUGGGAGGAGGCCUCGGAGGUCAGCUGCGCGCCGGAGGGCGUAUGUCGGCCGGGUCCGGCGGUUCCAGCAUGUCCGGGGGUCUGAGGUUGAGCCAGCUGAGCCAGAUGGGAGCCACCACCGACUCGCUGUCCCAGCAGCAACAGCAGCAAGCCGCCGCCCUCCGCUACCCCCUCUCCUUCCAGAACCCUCUGUUCCACCUCGCUGCUGACGGGCCUCAGAUUCACCACCAGCACAGUCGAGCCCAACCUCCUCCUCCUCUCCUGCUGGCCCCUGAGCCGGACGCCUCUCACCCAGCGUACAUCCCCCAGUUCGCCCAUGGUGGUUUCUCCCGAAGCGAAGACCUGUCCACCCUCAGACCCGGCCCUCACCUGGGUCAGCCGAGCAUCAUUCACUCCCACAGCUACAGCGACGACUACACCCGCCAUAACCAGAGUGACUUCAGGGGACGCCAGCUCUCGAUGCACAUGCAGGAGCAGCAGCAGUUGGCAGGCAUGGCAUCGCAGACCGGCACAUCUCAUUCAUCACUAGCCACGCCUCCUUCCACCGUUCAGCCAGUCCGUCAAAGCUCCAUGGCUCCUCCCACACAGCGCAUGAAAUCGCAACCCUCGCAUCAACUUUCCGUGAGUUCUGCCGCUGCCGCCACCCCUGCAGCAAAGACCAGGCCACAGAGCGGGAACCUGCUCCAGUCCCCGGAGUCUGGCUUCGGGAGCCGGCAACAGGGGCCCCGGCAGCAGCUGUCCGUCAAAGACAGCACCCCCCCGGGCCUGCCCCAUCAGCAGAGCUCCACCAGGGAGAGCCAGGGAUCCCAGGGCUCUCAGGGAGGAACGCCACAGUCCACGCAGCAAUCGAAAUCACAUCAGGAACGCCAGCAGGUCCAGCAACAGCAUCUGCUCAAGCCUACCAUGAGCAAACAGGGCUCUUCCCAAUCUCCAUCCACUCUCAACCCCACGUCCCCCGCCUCUGAGCGAACCGUCGCCUGGGUGUCCAACAUGCCCCAUCUUUCUGCUGACAUAGAGAGUUCCCGCAUCGACAGAGAAGAGUUCAAGCUAAAGGAGUAUUCCAAGAGCAUGGACGAGUCACGUCUGGACAGGGUGCGCGAGUACGAGGAGGAGAUCAACUCUUUGAAGGACCGUCUGAUGAUGUCACACCGUAAGCUGGAGGAGUACGAGAGGAGGCUGUUAACUCAGGAGCAGCAGACCAAUAAAAUCCUGCUGCAGUAUCAGAGCCGACUGGACGACAGCGAGAGGAGACUGAGACAGCAGCAGAUGGAGAAAGACAACCAAAUUAAAGGAAUUAUUGACAGACUCAUGGCCGUGGAAGACGAGCUGAGGGUAGGGGUGGUGCCUGAGCAGAAACCCAGGAUAUUCCCAGACCAGGGGAGGCGGCAGUCCAUCCUAGUGCAGCCCCGCCUUGCACCCGUCCCACUGCGAAUGCAAAGCCAAACGCAAAGCUUCAUGGAGGACAAUCUGGAACCUAAUUGGAGGCCUCACCAAGGACACUCUUCAGGUUGGCCGAUGUUUAAUUCCAGGGCGCUGUCACGCGAUUCGGUUGGUUGACAGAGGGGAAACUGAGGCUUAGACUCAGUGCCAGAGCCGAUCCAAAGAAAAAAUAAAUAGGUUCCCCUCCUCUGACGUGCCCUCUCUCUCUCUCAAUCUGAUAUAAUUUGAUGUGAUGGCAGUUUGGGAUGCUUAACAUCUGUCAGACGGCUGCUGCGUGCCUCUUAACAGCACGAGAGAUGACGUCGCAUGCAGCGCAAGUGGUUCGUUGAGAGAGGUUCUGUGGAUAAGAUCAAUCUCAAAGGUGCUGUUUUUUAGGUUCUUAACUAACUACAUGUAGGAUAUUGAACAAUCCUCUACUUCUUCUCAUUACGAUCUUCAUUAGCUCUGCCUGGUCAUGCCUGCCUGCGUCUCAAUCAUGUCUUUUAUUUUGGGGAAACAGAACACGCCCAGCCUUUUUAUUCUCAAGAGACGCUGAGUUGUCCUUCCAGCGGAUUCGGUCAGAGGCUGGAGGUCUCCGAACUUUUGUUUCCACUGCUUGACUGGACCUCACCCAGAUAUUUACAUGCUGGUAAUGUGAGACAAGAACUGAAAAUAAUCCUUUUUAGAUCCGCGUGUUUAUGUGACAAUCUCCUUGCAAAGAAGUAUGGACAACCUGUUAUUUUACCUGCUCCCCCUCCCCGCAUUUUGCUACGUCCCGGAUCCUCGGCAACUCCUUCGUAUGUGAAGGAAGGAUGGAUUCUUUUACUUUUUAACUCGCUUUCGUUUUUGCUGUGGAGUUCUUGAUUUUAUGGACGACACUGUUUGGAUGCGGAAUCCUCUUGUUUAGAGAUUUGGCUGGCGAACGUUUGUGGGUAGUUUUGAAAAGCCAAGCCAAGUUGCUGUUUUAAAUUGAACUUUAUUUCCUUUGAGCUGAGCAACACAGACGUUUUUUUUCUGCUUCCUUUUUACACCGCUAGACAAAAAUAUCAAUGUUGAGAGAUCAUGCAGGUCGAAUAAUGUUGUGGGUGACUGUGUGUAUAUACAGUGUGUGUACAGUCUUUGUGUAUAUACUGGAUGUAUGGUUAUACAAUAUAAAUAUAUAUAUAUAUAAAUGUGUAUUUGUACAUAAGGUAUGUUUGUAUAUGCAGUGUACAGAAUGUGUUCUUUUACACCGAUUUCCCUUUUUCUCGACAUGUGGACAAGAAAAAGCAUAACAGAACUUUGUGGGAAUUAAAACUCACGCUGGCGACUCGUCGGCGGAUGUCUUCGAAGCACUUUUUGCUCAGGCUGAUUGUACGCAGUCUGAAAGCGGGAGUCCGCCGCGGGGUUUGCCAGUCUAAAGCUUGCACUCAUUUUCUCACUGAUUGAGGUGUUUUGUAACAGGUUCUGGGUGACCAAGCAAUGCUUGUACAUAAAUAUAUAGCCUAGGCUUAAUACCUACCGUAUGUAUGCAUAUAUCCACUUUUCCAGACAUAAGUCACCUGCUAAUCUUUGCAGCUUUUGCAUCUCCUCUUGCUUUCAGUUUCAAUGCGGUGCCGUGCAUCAGAUGAGGGUUUUUUUUUGUUUUUGUUUUUUUGGAUCGCUCUUGUGAGGAGACGUUCCCAUUUUACUAUACUGACCUUUUAUAUGGCUUGAUGCUUUAUUCCCUCAUUACUUGCCUAGCAACUCUUCCAUGCAAGUAAGCGCUUCUUUGUCCCCUGUAAAUGAAUGGAGUUCCCAUGAUGUGCCUCUUUCUAAUAAACUUCAGUUGAUCUUUGUCAGCCAUAAGCCAAUCACACUCAUCUUUCUUGACAAGCCAUAAGCCCCGCCCCUAAAUUUCCAUUUUUGAAAAGGGCAGACACUUGGGAAUUUGAUUUCUUUUUGUAUAUAUUAUCUUAAUAGAAAGAGUGGUAUGUCAGAGUGUAUUGCCGAUGUUUUUUGGAUUUGUUAUGAAUGUUGAUAUUCUGGUUAUUGAAUUAUGAUUAUUAUUGUAAAAAUAUAAUGACUGCUGUUAUCAUUUCAUCAUUCUUUAGUUUAUUCAAAGCUGUUGAAGACUUUCAUUUCUUUUUGAAUAAAUCGGAAUUUAUAUUUUUCGGGUGGGCUAAUUAUAGAAAUGAAAUCAAUUAAACAGAUGAAUAAAGAAA